GCGGCCGGGGACGGGAGCCGUGCGGGCGUGUGUGAGGGGAGCGGGCUUGUGGGACCGAGGCUGCCCCGGCGAGCAUGGGGGCGGGCUGGCGGUGGCCGUAGUUGUCCGAGCCCGGGCCUCAGCCUCUCGGAGCGCCAGAGGGCGGGGCGGCCCACCCCGGCGGUGGCCGCGCCGCUUCCCCGCUCCCGCCCUCCAAGUCCUGAGGGAGCUCGCGGCGGACGAGCGGACCCGGCGGCGCGAAUCUGACUGAGGGGCGGGGACGCCGUCUGCUCUUCGCGGCUCCCGGCCGGGCCGGGCGGCCCCCUGGGACCACCCCAGGCCCCGGACCGGCGCUGAGAGCCGAAGCCGGAGCUCGAGGCGGGCGGUGGGCCGUGGCGGAGCCCCGCCCGGAGCCGGCGGUUCGGGGGCGGCGCUAGGCCCCGAGGCGCCCGGGCCGGAGCGCGGGGAGCGGGAGUGCGGGGCCGGGCGGCGGCGGCAUGAGCCGGCCCCCGGCGACGGGGAAAAUGCCCGGCGCCCCCGAGGCCGUGCCGGGGGACGGGGCGGGUGCGAGCCGCCAGAGGAAGCUGGAGGCGCUGAUCCGAGACCCUCGCUCGCCCAUCAACGUGGAGAGCUUGCUGGAUGGCUUAAAUUCCUUGGUCCUUGAUUUGGAUUUUCCUGCCUUGAGGAAAAACAAGAAUAUAGAUAAUUUUUUAAAUAGAUAUGAGAAAAUUGUGAAGAAAAUCAGAGGGCUACAGAUGAAGGCUGAAGACUAUGAUGUUGUGAAAGUUAUUGGAAGGGGGGCUUUUGGUGAAGUGCAGCUGGUUCGUCAUAAGGCAUCACAGAAAGUUUAUGCUAUGAAGCUUCUUAGUAAGUUUGAAAUGAUAAAAAGAUCUGAUUCUGCUUUUUUCUGGGAAGAGAGAGAUAUUAUGGCGUUUGCCAACAGUCCGUGGGUGGUUCAGCUCUUUUGUGCUUUUCAAGAUGAUAAGUAUCUGUACAUGGUAAUGGAAUACAUGCCUGGUGGAGAUCUUGUAAACCUUAUGAGUAACUAUGAUGUACCUGAAAAAUGGGCCAAAUUUUAUACUGCUGAAGUUGUUCUUGCUCUUGAUGCCAUACACUCCAUGGGCUUAAUUCACAGAGAUGUAAAGCCUGACAACAUGCUCUUGGAUAAACAUGGACAUCUAAAGUUGGCGGAUUUUGGCACAUGUAUGAAGAUGGAUGAAACAGGCAUGGUGCAUUGUGAUACAGCAGUUGGAACACCUGAUUAUAUUUCACCUGAGGUUCUCAAAUCACAAGGGGGUGAUGGUUACUAUGGGCGAGAAUGUGAUUGGUGGUCUGUGGGUGUUUUCCUUUUUGAGAUGCUGGUGGGGGAUACUCCGUUUUAUGCAGAUUCACUUGUAGGAACAUACAGCAAAAUUAUGGAUCAUAAAAACUCACUAUGUUUCCCUGAAGACGCAGAAAUUUCUAAACAUGCGAAGAAUCUCAUUUGUGCCUUCUUAACAGAUAGGGAAGUACGACUUGGGAGAAAUGGGGUAGAAGAAAUCAAACAGCAUCCUUUCUUUAAGAAUGACCAGUGGAAUUGGGAUAACAUAAGAGAGACGGCGGCUCCUGUAGUACCUGAACUCAGCAGUGACAUAGACAGCAGCAAUUUUGAUGACAUUGAAGAUGAUAAAGGAGAUGUAGAAACCUUCCCAAUUCCUAAAGCUUUUGUGGGAAACCAGCUGCCUUUUAUAGGAUUUACCUACUAUAGAGAAAAUUUGUUAUUAAGUGACUCUUCACCUUGUAGAGAAAAUGAUUCAGUACAAUCAAGGAAAAAUGAAGAAAGCCAAGAGAUUCAGAAAAAAUUAUACACAUUAGAAGAACACCUUAGCACUGAGAUGCAAGCCAAAGAGGAGCUAGAGCAAAAGUGCAAAUCUGUUAAUACUCGCCUUGAGAAAGUAGCAAAGGAACUAGAGGAAGAGAUUACUUUAAGGAAAAGUGUGGAAUCAGCAUUAAGACAAUUAGAAAGAGAAAAGGCACUUCUUCAGCACAAAAAUGCAGAAUAUCAGCGGAAAGCUGAUCACGAAGCAGACAAGAAACGAAAUUUGGAAAAUGAUGUGAACAGUUUAAAGGAUCAACUUGAAGAUUUGAAAAAAAGAAAUCAGAACUCUCAAAUAUCUACUGAGAAAGUGAAUCAGCUCCAGAGACAACUGGAUGAAACCAAUGCUUUGCUAAGAACAGAAUCUGAUACUGCAGCCCGAUUAAGAAAAACCCAGGCAGAAAGUUCAAAACAGAUUCAGCAGCUGGAAUCUAACAAUAGAGAUCUUCAAGAUAAAAAUUGCCUGCUGGAGACUGCCAAGUUAAAACUCGAAAAGGAAUUUAUCAAUCUUCAGUCAGUUCUAGAAUCUGAAAGGAGGGACCGAACCCAUGGAUCCGAGAUAAUUAAUGACUUACAAGGCAGAAUAUCUGGCCUAGAAGAAGAUUUAAAGAAUGGCAAAACCUUAUUAGCAAAAGCAGAGAUGGAGAAGAGACAACUACAGGAGAAACUUACUGAUUUGGAAAAGGAAAAGAACAACAUGGAAAUAGAUAUGACGUACCAACUAAAAGUUAUACAGCAGAGCUUGGAACAAGAAGAAGCUGAGCAUAAGGCUACAAAAGCACGGCUGGCAGAUAAAAAUAAGAUUUAUGAAUCCAUUGAAGAAGCAAAAUCAGAAGCCAUGAAAGAAAUGGAGAAAAAGCUCUCGGAGGAAAGGACGUUAAAGCAGAAAGUGGAGAACCUGUUGCUGGAAGCUGAGAAGAGAUGCUCCAUAUUUGACUGUGACCUCAAACAGUCACAGCAGAAAAUAAAUGAACUCCUUAAACAGAAAGAUGUGCUAAAUGAGGAUGUUAGAAAUUUGACAUUAAAAAUAGAGCAGGAAACUCAGAAGCGCUGCCUUACACAAAAUGACUUGAAGAUGCAAACACAGCAAGUUAACACACUAAAAAUGUCAGAAAAGCAGUUAAAACAAGAAAAUAAUCAUCUCAUGGAAAUGAAAAUGAGCUUGGAAAAGCAGAAUGCUGAACUUCGAAAAGAACGUCAAGAUGCAGACGGGCAAAUGAAAGAACUUCAGGAUCAGCUUGAAGCAGAGCAGUAUUUCUCAACCCUCUAUAAAACACAGGUGAGGGAACUUAAAGAAGAAUGUGAAGAAAAGACCAAACUUUGUAAAGAAUUACAACAGAAGAAACAGGACUUACAGGAGGAAAGGGACUCCUUGGCUGCUCAACUGGAGAUCACCUUGACCAAAGCAGAUUCUGAGCAGCUGGCUCGUUCAAUUGCUGAAGAGCAGUAUUCUGAUUUGGAAAAAGAGAAAAUCAUGAAGGAGCUUGAGAUCAAAGAGAUGAUGGCUAGACACAAACAGGAGCUCACUGAAAAAGAUGCUACAAUUGCAUCUCUUGAAGAAACAAACAGGACACUAACUAGUGAUGUUGCCAAUCUUGCAAAUGAGAAAGAAGAAUUAAAUAACAAAUUAAAAGAUGCCCAAGAACAGCUGUCACGGCUGAAAGAUGAGGAGAUCAGCGCAGCCGCUAUUAAAGCACAGUUUGAGAAGCAGCUGCUCACAGAGCGAACACUCAAAACUCAAGCUGUGAAUAAGUUGGCUGAGAUCAUGAAUCGAAAAGAACCCGUCAAGCGUGGUAGUGACACUGAUGUGCGGAGAAAAGAGAAAGAGAACAGAAAGCUACAUAUGGAGCUUAAAUCUGAACGUGAAAAACUGACUCAGCAGAUGAUCAAGUAUCAGAAAGAACUGAACGAAAUGCAGGCUCAAAUAGCUGAAGAGAGCCAGAUUCGAAUUGAACUGCAGAUGACACUGGACAGUAAAGAUAGUGACAUUGAGCAGCUGCGGUCACAGCUCCAAGCAUUGCAUAUUGGUCUGGAUAGUUCCAGUAUAGGCAGUGGACCAGGGGAUGCUGAGGCAGAUGAUGGAUUUCCAGUUCAUAUCACUCAAUCACGCACUAUGGAAUCCAUGUCAUUCACCUACCAACGUUCCUCUACUUCUCUCAAUAUUGCCACUAAGCCUUCCAGUUCUCAUAUGCUUCUUGACUCUGAUUCUGACUCAGAAGAAGAAUCUUUGCCUUAUUUACCUAUUUCAUCGGAACCUAACGGUACAGAAUCAAGACUAGAAGGAUGGCUUUCAUUACCUGUACGAAACAACACUAAGAAAUUUGGAUGGGUUAAAAAGUAUGUGAUUGUAAGCAGUAAGAAGAUUCUUUUCUAUGACAGUGAACAAGAUAAAGAACAAUCUAACCCUUACAUGGUUUUAGAUAUAGACAAAUUAUUUCAUGUCCGACCAGUUACACAGACAGAUGUAUAUAGAGCAGACGCUAAAGAAAUUCCCAGGAUAUUUCAGAUUCUGUAUGCCAAUGAAGGAGAAAGUAAGAAGGAACAGGAAUUUCCAGUGGAGCCAGUGGGAGAAAAAUCAAACUAUAUUUGCCAUAAAGGACAUGAAUUUAUUCCUACUCUCUAUCAUUUCCCAACCAACUGUGAGGCUUGUAUGAAGCCAUUGUGGCAUAUGUUUAAACCUCCUCCUGCUUUAGAGUGCCGGCGCUGCCAUAUUAAAUGUCAUAAAGAUCACAUGGACAAAAAGGAGGAGAUCAUAGCGCCUUGCAAAGUUUAUUAUGAUAUCUCAACGGCAAAGAACCUGUUGUUGUUAGCAAAUUCUACAGAAGAGCAGCAGAAAUGGGUUAGUCGGUUGGUGAAAAAGAUCCCUAAAAAGCCUCCAGCUCCAGACCCUUUUGCACGGUCAUCUCCUCGAACUUCGAUGAAGAUACAACAAAACCAGUCUAUUAGACGGCCAAGUCGACAGCUUGCCCCUAACAAACCAAGAUUGCUUGAUUUGGCAUUUAAAGACUGGGAUUGGUCAUUUGAUGAUGGUGGUGGUGAUGAUGAUGACGAUGUUUUUGAUUUCUGAAGAAAUAAAUGGGCUAGCUGCCUUCUAUGAAUGCAGUCAUUAUUCAAGGAGAUCAUAUUCUUCCAGUUAAAACAAGACUGACAUAUGAUGGCCCAAAAUUUCUUAAAAAGCUAUAUUUUCCUGAGAGACUGAUACUCACAUAUACACAUACAUACAUACAUAUACAUAUAUAUUUCCCUUUAUUCCUACAAUAUAAGUUAUAAAUCUUGGAGAUUUUCUGGGCUCCUUUGGAGCAGCAAGUUGAACCAACAAUGAUUGGUUAAUAGAAUAAGAAUAUUAUAUACAACUCUUCCAAACUUGUUCCAUAACGCUCUCUUGGCAGUCACUCACACUACAUUGCACAAAAGGAUUGAGAAGAGUUAAAGUUGAAAGAAAUCAUCUUUUCAGCAUCAGCAGAGAGAUUUCACCAGCACAUUUACCAGAAGAGUCUGGGAAUGGAUUCCGCUACAGUGAUAGAGACUGCAUCUUUUAAGAAGUGACCAUUAGACUGUGUGUGUGCAUAUAUAUGUGUGUGUCUCUGUACGUGUAUAUGUACACACACACACAGAUAUACAUAGUACUGUAAUACUGCAAGAGUGUUCUUCAAAUGCCCCAUUUUAUUUUUUAUACACAUAAAUCAGAUAUCAUAACUUCCUACAGUUGCAACUAUGCACUUGUAUAAAGCCAUAAUGUUGGAGUUUGUAUCACUUAUCUGUGUAUACCCCUUAGAAGCUGCAUGUUCAUGUUUAAGCAGUUACUGUAACAGGCAGUUUGACGUUAAUUGUAUCAAUUUCCUAAUGCUUCAUGAUAGGCAACUUUUCCCAUUUUGAAUGCCUUAAUUUAAUUUUUUUUUAAGUCUCACCCUUUUCUGUAUUUUGAAAAAAGUGUUUACCAGCUCUUAGGAUGCAAAUUCGUGUUGCAAAAGAAAAAAGAGUGCACUAUUUUUACAUGUAAUAGUUAUCAAUGUCAGCCUAUUUUGAUUGUAUAACAGAUUUUUUUUUAAAGUAUUGGUGGUAGAAACAAUAAUGGAUACUCUUGGAACUAAUAUAUCUUUUAUGUAUAUCUAUUAAUUCAUCCCAGUCUUCAUACAGACCUCAGUAUUAGUGUGUGGCUAUGAAUUGUUUUCUUUGCUUUGAAUUUGCUGGCUACCCUAGAUGUGUUUUUAUUUCCAGUAGAGACAUUUGUGACUGUUUUUACAUUUUCACACUCAAGAUUCUAAGAUUAUCUCAAAUAUAAAGAAAACUAAGACAUACUGUAGAUAUAUUUUAAAUAUUUAAAUGUGAUCCCUCAAACACAUAACUGUGUAAUGGCAAUAUUUCAGGAUUGGGUUAAGAAAACUGGUGAUGGGAAGAAGUAGCCUCAGAGGCUCCUGAUUUUUAUUUUUUUAAAGGAUGUUAAAGUUGAUAGGUUAUGCAGGACCAUUUCUGCUAGAUUUCUCAUUAUCCCAGAAAAAUGUGUUUUAUACUGCUACAGUAUGCAUUAAUGUUAAACAUCAAGCUGAAAAAAAUUAUGUAGUCUUUUAUCGGUCUCUUUAUAUACACACACAUACACAGGGUUUGGUGUGAUACUGAAAUAUGUCAUCUAAUAAACCAAUGAAGGAAGUAGACACUUUUCAUUGAUUCCCUCUGGGAUCAGUGUAGAAAUGUUUAAAGAGUUAGACCCCCAAAAUAUAGAUACUGUUGUGGAAACUGAAGAGUGGCCUUUGGCCUACUGAUGUACUAAAACUGAAACUUGUUAUUCUGUCAUUAUCCUGCCUGCACUCUUCCAUGCUGUCUGUGCUAAGACCAGAGACGCAUGCCAUUUCCCUCACAGGGAUGUUCUGCAGUUCUGGUUUGGGGGCACAGCUUUUUUUUUUUUUUUAAGUAAGAUUUUAAAAUGAAAAAUAUAUAAAAUUUAUAUAGAAUAAAUAUUUCCAUUCAUUAGACUUGUUAAAAGGAGACUGAAUUAAUAUUUUAUAUAAAGAUUUUGUUACACUAUGGGAGGUUCUAUCAUAUUAUUCUGAAUUGGAGAGUAUAUAUAUAUAUAUAUUUUUAAUAAACUUUAUUAAGGUGAAAUAAUUUGAAGUUUACACAUGAGUAAUUGAAAUAUUUGAGUAAAAAUGGCAAAAGUUAAAUUUUGAAUGCUGUAUAUAUUAGAGAAUAUGGAGAAUCAUGGUGUGAUGCAACUCUACAAGGAAAACUAAUGUGAAGUUUUUUGGGGGAAAAAAAGGUAUUCUAGGAGGUGAAAAAAAUCUCUCCCAUGGAGAUUCUUCACAUUAUAUGGUUUAACACAAGGGUUUAUAAGGUUGUUUCUCCAGCUAAUGGAAAUGCGCCUAAUAAAAAUUCUGACCUUGGGUAAGAAUUUGCUUUUUACCCUGUUGCUGGUUUCAUGUACAUACAUGAAUGCAUACAUCCAUCCAAAUGUUUUCUUCCCAACACUCAUUAAAUAUAAUAUUAACUUGGUUUAACAACCUGAUUUUGUGCCACCUUCUCUUUUUCUUGAGGUUCCAAAGGUUCCCAGAUAAAGACCAACACUUGCUUGCUUCUUCACACCUGAUUUCUCCUAGAGCCAUAAAUACCUCCGAUUGAUAACUAAGAAGUAGUGAAUACUGGGAUUUUUUUAGUUGGAUUUUUUUACUUUUGUUUAGUGGGGAUAGCGAAACAGAAGUAGAAGGAAAACUGGUGCCGGUAUUACUGUUAAAAAUUAAUGUAUAGUGAAUUUUUGAAAAGUAUUAAAAUAUGCUAUCUAGAAGCAAGAUUUAAAAAAAAAUCUAUCUGAAAUUUUUAAAUGCCUUUAGCUAACUAAAGGAUACCAAGAAAUCUAAAAUAAGGUUAGUGUUUUUAAAACUAACCUAGGCUAGAGUCACAAAUCUGGCUCUGAAGAAGGAUAUCUUGUGGAUCAGUUUAACUGUAGAUCCUCAAAAAGAUACUCUAGGUUGCCAAACCACAAUUUAAGAAGUUUUGCUGCUGUUGUUAAUCUAUUCUUACAGGAUUUUCAUGGUAGAAUAGAGAAACUUAGACACUCUAUUACCUUAUUGAAACAUGCUUUAAAUAACAUGUUUAAUAUUCUAUGAGAGCAAGUCACUUCUGAGUUUCUCAGUCUGUGUCGACACUGCUACUGACUCAUGACUUCUCCCCUGGAAGAAGGCUGCAGUUUCCCUCUGGCGUGAAGAUAACCAUAGUUGAUUCAUAAAGCACUUUGAAAACAGGCACUGUGUGACAGUGCCGGAUCUUAUGCUUGGGGGCCUGUCCUCGAUUCCCUUCCCCAUAAUAAUGAGUUCUGUUUGGAAUUGUAAUAAGUUAUGAACUGCAUGGUUUAGAUAAUCAUAGCUAUUUGAUCAGCUGUCCCCGUUGAACAAAAAUCGUACCCGAUUUUUAAAAAAAAAUUUGUUGCAUCUUUGUAGUAAUGUAAUUGUAUUUUAUGCCUGCUUUUUUUAUUAAAAAAUUAAAUAAAAGAAAUUAAGACAUAA